AUGAAGAAGACCAGUGGUGAACCAAAAGCGGAAGAGUUACCGCCGAAUUUUUGCUUCAGCACGGAUGAUCCGUUCUACUUCGGUCCUGCCACCUGUCAUUUGAUGCACUAUAAUAUGGCCGCCUACAUGGCCGGUGUAGUCGAGAUGACAAUGCUCUGUGGUGGAUCGUUUUCAUUUUGGCGUACGUUUUCCAGUGUUACGUUUUAUGGCCUAAAAACCGAACAAGCGCAACUGAUCUCACCAAAAAUGACAUUUAUUCAGAUUGAGAUCACUAUUUUGAUGAUUUUUGCUGCUUUUGCGAUCGUAUCAAUGGCCUUUGGGAUCAAUCUUACUCAUCGACUAUUUAGUGUCUUUGUUCGGAUUCCUGAGAUGGAACGUGACUUCGGACCGAUCUGGCCAUUCAACAUUGCGGUUAUAGCUUUUUUUGCAGCUGCAAUUUGCACUUGGAUGCGAGUGCUUGUGGGUGGUGCAAUCGACUUCAUUCUCGAUAAGCAGUUCUUCACCAACGCUCCAUCUAUUGAAAUGGAGAAGACUUUACCACGAAUCGAAUGA